AUGGUUAUGGAGAUUGUGGUGUCGGCGGUUCUGUUGCUGGUCGGAAUCGCUGUUCUGGUAGUGAUUCAUGUGUGUAUUGUGGGGAGAGCUUUCAGAGGAGAAAGGGAAGGGAUUUGGAGAAGCAAUUUGGGAAAGAACCUUUCAAAUCAGGAUUUGGAGAAGCUUCCAUGUUAUGAGUACAAAUCAGGGGAGAAACAGAGCACAAAUGGCGUUGAUUUGGAAUGUGUUGUUUGUUUGGAGGGCUUCAAAACAGGGGAAAGAUGCAGGUUGCUGCCCAAUUGCAGGCAUAGCUUCCAUGUUGAGUGCAUAGAUUCAUGGCUUUUGAAGACACCCAUUUGCCCAAUUUGCAGAACUUGCGCUGCUGUUCCUAAAUUUGGCUUGGUUUUGGAGCACCAAAAUGACCCUUUAUAA